AUGGGUAAGUUGAUUGUGUAUUCUCGGACGACUUUCAUACCGGGGAGGAAACUUCUUGGUGGUGUUGUGGUGCUUAACGAAUUAAUCGAUCUUGCAAAAAGAAGGAAACAUAGUUGCGUAUUAUUUAAAGCAUAUUUUUCUAAGGCUUAUGAUUGUGUUGAUUGGUCAUAUCUAAGGAAAAUGUUGGUGGUUAUGGGAUUUGGAUCUAGUUGGCUAAAAUGGAUGGAAGGCGGAGUUUUCAAAAGCUUUAUGUUUGUUCUCGUCAAUGGGAGCCCCACUGAAGAUUUUCAGGUUUACCGUGGGUUGAGACAAGGAGAUCCCUUGUUUCUGUUUCCAUUUGCGAUUGUUGUUGAAGGCUUUGCUGCUAUGGUUAGAGGGUUGUUGCAGUGGGACAUAUAA